AUGAGUGAUGUACUAGACCCAGCUCUUGGUGACGUUUCAUCCAACAUGUUGUAUCAAAGUUUGAAAGAUCAUUUGUUUCGUGUCAAUGCAAAACGGCAAAUGGCAAUCCCACACGCAAAUAAUAAUAGCAAUGAGACUGACAAGAAGGCGAAUGAUGCAACGACGAAAAGACUGACAGUGAGACGGACCAAUGAUACGUCGAUGUUAUUGUUCGAGAGUCUCAAAAAUCACAGUGCACUCAUUGCCGAGAUAUUGUCGUACAUCGUUGAGGAUACCAAAGGAUUGGCAGACCUACGAAAGGUUUCCAAACGAUGGAAUACCGAUGUGCGUCCCCACGUCUGGAGGAGUGGUCCAGGAUUUCGAAAGAUUUGUGCUCCUACUGCUUCCAAUGAUAAGUUAUUGUACAAUAGCUGUUAUUGUGAAGACCUGGUGAAAUAUGGAGCAUGCAGCUAUGCGGGACAACUCUAUAACAUUCCUACCGAUGACAAUUUUGCAUUCUUUGUCAAGCCUGAUACUAAUGCCGUUAUUGGACGAGAAGCUCCUGCUGAGGAUGAACAUGAUAGUUCUGGCCAACCACAACCAUGGGCAUCCACCAUUAGCAUGCUAUUUUGUUGCGAUGAAGAAUACAUUGAUGAACCCAGAAAGCGGGUCAAGAUUAAUCUUCCUGAAACCGGUGAUGAAUCAUCAUCAUCAUCAUCAUCAUCACCUGAGUACUUGGAACGAGAAACUGCCGAGCGGUUUGCCAGUCACUGCAAACGAAUAGCCGAAACAAACUCUUGGGAUGAAUUCCAGCGGCUUGUCGAUGAUGCCUUUACAGAGGGACUCUUUCUGUGUGUGGAAGAUAGGCAACAAUUAAAGAAAAGCGGAGAUGGUAUGCAGCUUGGAGAGUGCGGAUAUGGUUUCUUUGUGCCGGUAAUCUUGACAGUUGUCAUCCCGCAAGGGAAAAUGGUGGAGGCGGCACAUUUCGGAUCGACCAUGAUUGUAUACUUGAACGCAAAGAUUCAGAAGCAUCAUCGAAGCGGUUACUCGAUGGAUAAUGCAAUUCCGUUUGUCUGCAGCUGGAACAACUCUGCCAUGAUGAAAGAAGGGGAUGGCGAGUUCCUAUAUCCAACAUUUGUAGGUUACAAUGCGGUGUUGAGAGAUGAUGGAAGUAUUUCGUGUCGUGUUCCAUUAGUUAUAUUGGUGAAUGAUAAUGCAUUGUCAGAAGCCAUUUGGGACUGGGGCAUUGCCGAUUCAAACCUUCCGUUGGAUGAUCUUUGGAGAAAAAGCCAAGAACAGCAUGUCCGAGAAGGAGUUGCCAUUGCUGAUGACUUUGUACCCAAAGAAUUGCAUAACAAUCUUAUGAAUCAGAUUGAUUUGCUGUUGGAAAGGCAAGUUGUGGACUAUCACCCUCAUUCCAACGAUACAGUCCGUGACAUUGUGCACCCAGCUUUAUACUCCUAUGUCAAGGGUGUAUCGCCAUUGCUCGAAUCUGAACAGAAAUUCAAGGUAGCGACGGAUGUGCUAGAAUCUUUUGCGCUUGAGGAUAAUCCGAAAGUCACAGAAGAGGAUCCUAACGACCAGGAACCAAAGGACUAUUGGGGAAGAAAAUAUGAAACCAGUGCCAAGUACCAAUGGUUGCCAACCUACUUUGACAUCGGUCUCGAUGGAAGCUGUACGAUAUGCGACUACAUCAAUAAUUUGGUGCCUCGACAGCAACACGAGGAGCUCUAUGAACUACUGGGGCAUUUGUUCUCCCAGGCGUUGCCACUGAUCGAGUCUGUCUACGGAUACUGCCGUGUCGUCAAGGAGAAACAUAUUCGAAUGGAAAGCCAUGAGCGGGUUGACUAUAGCUACACCAGUGUCGUCAAACCUAUCGAGGAGCAACCUAUAUCCUUGCGAGGGAAACAACUGCAAGUUGUGACGAAGAUUGUUGACUAUGAACUUGGGCCAGGUGAAACCUACGAAGGCGUGUGGCAUGUCGAGGGAAUGUCUCAUGAAGAAAUUGUGGCAACGGCAAUUUACUUCAUUGAUCGAGACGAGGAAAUUGAAGGAGGAGAACUUUUAUUUAAACGUGCAUUCCACAAACAAGAGGCAUCCUAUAUUUUCUCGCAUGUGGAUCAGGUGCGUCCGAGGGAUGUGGAAUUCAUCAUUGAUGAAGGACUGCAGCCACUUGGUCAAGUGAAGACGGUACGAGGACGACUCUUGGUCUUUCCGAAUAGCCAUGUCCACAAGGUAACGGAACUCAAGAACGCAUCGAUCGUCACCGAUGGAGGGAAGAAGAAACGGCGAAUCAUUGUAUUCUUCAUCAUCAAUCCUGAAAGGCGCAUCGUUUCGACCAGGGAAGUACCAGUCCAGCAAGAGUAUGCAGGCGGGAUGAUGACUCAUACUGAAGCGUUACAGCACCGCUUGGCGCUGAUGAAAGAGCGAAAGUACACGAAGCAGGACUGGAACGUCCGAGGUAUCGAACUUUGCGAGCAUUAG